UCAAUUAUGGCUUUGGCUACUAAACACUCUCUUCUGCUGUUAGGGAUUCUCGUCUUCUUCAUAAGCUUGUCAGCUUAUACUAAGCCAGCAAUGGCAGAUGAUGAUGAUGAUGAUGAUAUCCCUGCAGAUUUUAGCCGUAAGUAUUUUCCAGAUGGCUUUAUUUUUGGGACUGCCACUUCUGCUUACCAGAUUGAAGGUGCAGCGAACAAAUCAGGCAGAGGACCCAGUGUCUGGGACACAUUUACCCAUGAGACUCCAGAGAGGAUAUUAGAUCACAGCAAUGGAGACAUAGCAGUUGAUUUCUAUCAUCACUUCCGGGAAGAUAUAAAAAAUGUGAAAAACAUGGGGUUUGAUGCUUUCAGAUUCUCCAUUUCAUGGACUAGAAUUAUACCUAGUGGAAGGAGACGUGAAGGAGUGAAUCAAGAAGGGAUUGAUUUUUACAAUGAUGUUAUUAAUGAAAUUAUAAAAAAUGACCUAAAACCUUUUGUUACAAUUUUUCAUUGGGAUACUCCUCAAGCCCUUGAGGACAAGUAUGGUGGCUUUUUAAGCUCCAAUAUUGUGAAUGAUUAUCGUGAUUAUGCGGAUCUUCUCUUUGAAAAAUUUGGUGAUCGAGUGCAAUAUUGGAUGACUUUCAAUGAACCUUGGGCUCUUAGUGGAUUUGCCUAUGAUGAUGGAAUUUUUGCCCCUGGUCGAUGCUCAUAUUGGGUGAAUCAUCAAUGUCCUGCUGGAAAUUCAGCCACUGAACCUUAUGUGGUUGCACAUCAUUUACUCCUUGCUCAUGCUGCCGCUGUACAAGUAUAUCGAGAAAAGUACAAGAAAAAUCAAAAUGGCCAGAUUGGGAUAACACUUUUUACCUUUUGGUUUGAACCUCUCUCCAAUAGAACAGUUGAUAUCGAAGCAUCCAAAACAGCUCUAGAUUUCAUGUUUGGAUUGUGGAUGGAUCCGCUAACCUAUGGUCGAUACCCAAGAAGAGUUCGAGAUUUAGUUGGAGAUAGAUUGCUCACAUUUACUGAUGAAGAAACUAAUUUGCUCAGAAAAUCAUAUGAUUUUAUUGGGUUACAAUACUACACUUCAUAUUAUGCAAAACCCAAUUAUACAGUUGAUCCAGAAUACAUCAGAUAUAAAACUGAUAGUCAUGUUAAUGUAACUGCUUAUGAUUAUGAUGGUAAUCUCAUUGGUCCACAGGCUUACUCACCUUGGUUUUACAUUUUUCCGAAAGGUAUCCGAAAUCUGUUGAACUAUACCAAAGACAGAUAUGAUGAUCCAGUAAUUUAUAUUACUGAGAAUGGGGUUGACAAUGCCAAUAACGAAACUGAAAGUAUUGACGACGCGCUUAAGGAUCAAUUUAGAAUAGACUACUACCGAAUGCAUUUAUGGAAAGCAUUGGAAUCUCUCAAUAAUUACACUGUUAAUGUCAAAGGUUACUUUGCAUGGUCAUAUUUGGACAACUUCGAAUGGAAUAUUGGUUACACUUCAAGGUUUGGUUUAUACUAUGUAGACUACAAAGAUAGCCAGCUGAAAAGAUAUGCUAAGCAUUCAGCUACAUGGUUCCACGGUUUUCUGAACAAUGCACUCUCUAAGAAGUCACAGCCUUUAAACAAGAUCACCGGCCAAGUUACUUCAGGGAACUCAAGGAAGCUUGGCAAAUACUACAUAAUGUGA